GUGAAAUUUCAACAACAUCACCGGAGAAGCACGAGACCAGUUUCUGAAAGUGAACUGCGGCAUUUUCUACCCCCUAACUCCGCACCUCUGCCCCCAGAAAGAUCGUAACAUAUUCUUUUUCAUAGUGUCGAUACCUCUUCUGUGCGCCACAGAGCUUUCUUUAGGGCUCAACCAUCCUGUGAACCCUUGCAAAGUCCUUGCGAGACGUGCGUUACAUCAUAUUCUGAGCCGUAAAAUAGCGGUGUGAUCACAAGUUUUCAGAGGCCAGUUUCAGGACCAUGGCAAAAACUCUGAAGCACAUUGACUUGUACUACGACAGCGCAGACUCGCAUGCAUCUGCACUGGCGUUGAUCCUGGCACUCCGACCCGAGUGGCAGGCUACAAAAGACACCAUCGACUUUGUGCGCUUCAAGGACGGGAUUACGAACACGCUAUUCAAGGCAGUGAAUCGCCUUCCCGGUUUGUCCGAAAGUGAGGUCGACCGGAACGCGAUCCUACUCCGCGCUUACGGCAGGGGAACACAGGUCCUUAUUGAUCGCGAUAGGGAAGCCGCAUCGCACUCACUACUAGCGGAACACAACCUCGCACCGUCAUUACUCGCGAGGUUCAACAACGGGUUGCUAUAUGAGUACAUCGAGGGCAAAGUCUGCUCUCCAGAAGACCUUCGAAGGCCCGAGAUCUACAGAGGAGUAGCUAGGCGUAUUGCAGAAUGGCAUGCCACAUUAAAGAUAUCUGCAGUAGCUCAAGAGCCAGAGGUCGAUGUCAACGGCACGAAGAGGACGAGGAGGCCUAGCAUAGAUGAUAGGAGUGAACGGCUCACACCGGACAAACCGGUGCCAAAUGUGUGGACAGUUAUGCAGAAAUGGAUCUACGCACUCCCAACAGACACGGAAGAAAAGAAGAAGAGACAAGUCCAAUUACAAACCGAGCUUGAAUGGAUGCUCAAGAAAUUGGGUAACACGCCAGGCCUAGCUGGCCAUCAGCUUGUGUUUGGUCAUUGUGAUCUUCUCUCCGGCAACAUCAUAAUUCUGCCCAACUCAGACCUCUCUUCCCAGAGUUCGAAAACGAGCUCGCCAGCUCUGAGUGCCACGUCGGUAGACUCACCAUAUACGCCCGUAGGCUUUAUCGACUACGAGUAUGCAACCCCUUCGCCUGCCGCCUUCGACAUCGCCAAUCACUUUGCAGAAUGGGGAGGAUUCGACUGUGACUUCUCCAAGAUGCCAACUCGAGCUCAAAGGCGAGAUUUUCUUCUUACGUAUAUUCAUACCUUCAAUGGCCUUCUCGGUCGCGACUUCAAACAAGCGGAUCUAGACCAGCUGUUUGAUGAAGUUGACACCUUCAGAGGUGCGCCUGGCUUCUACUGGGGCAUCUGGGCGCUCAUCCAGGCCACUAUUAGCCAGAUCGACUUCGACUAUGCGAGCUACGCGGAAGUGCGACUUGGUGAAUAUUGGGCCUGGAAGGAUACGCUGUCGAAUGGAAUCUCAGCGGACGCUCCACUGCGAGAGAGGCGAUGGCAUGCAGAGGAGUAAUGCUAUGCGACUGACAUGUAGAUCUGGGGCUGGGAGUCCACGCUUGACUCAUGCGAGGAGGCAAAUUCAAGCGGCUUGCUAGCGUGCUGCUAGCUGGCUAUGGCGGGGUAUUGUUGCGGGGCUCCUCCAAAAAGAAAAUUCGUUUCGACUGUGCGGUGGGGCUGGGAGGGGGCAACGGGGAAUUCGAAAAACCCUGCCUCGUUCUGGGGAGGAUUCGACCGGUUUUGGGGCUGGAUCUUGGGGGGGUUCUGCUUUUUUUUUUUUUUUU